AUGAUAUCAUACGAUCUAGAACAAGUGGAGUUCAUAAAUCCAGAAGAUAUUCCAGACCUUGGCUCUGAUGAUGAACCAUGUGUUGAUAAUGAACCACGUAUUGAUGUUGAACCAGCGACCGAGGAAGAGAUACAACUAUGGUGGACAGCAAGGUACGACAGGAGCAUUGUUAAGCCUAUCAACGAGCCUGUCACAUCGCCUUGGGGUCUACCAGUCAGCAGUGAAGACCUCGAGAAGCUCAAGGCUGGGUUUCGAACACGUUCUAUGGAUGAUAAAUGGGAUCUGCUAGUCGAGGACCCCGAUGACAAAGGCAAUAUUUCUCUACACAUUCUCUGA